AUGGUGACAAAGUUUUAUCAGCACGCCCUGGCCUUGGUGUUUGCAGUCAAUGAGAUCAAUGAGAAUCCCAAGAUUUUGCCCAAUGUCACCCUUGGCUUCCACAUCUAUGACAGCUACAAUAAUGCGAGGAUGACCUAUCACACCAACCUAGGCCUGCUCUUCAAAUCACUUAGAUUUGCUCCAAAUUACAAAUGCAUCCCCCAGAAAACUGUAAUAGCUGUCAUUGCAGGACUUGAUUCUGAGGUCUCCUUCCAUGUGGCGGACAUCUUAGGUGCCUACAAGAUCCCACAGGUCCCUCCCCUUUCGGUGUGUAAUGACUACUGUCCCCCUGGUUUUCACAAGAAGAAGAGGGAAGGGGAGAAAUUUUGCUGCUAUAAUUGUGCUCCAUGUCCAAAAGGAAAGAUUUCAAACCAGAAAGACAUGGAUGACUGCAUCACAUGCUCAGAAGAUCAAUAUCCAAACAAAGCACAAGAUCAAUGUUUUCCCAAGACGAUAAGCUUUCUGACUUAUAGAGAACCACUAGGGAUCAGUUUAGCCUCUGUGGCAGUUUCUCUUGCUUUGAUUACAGCUGUGGUUCAGGGGAUUCUCAUUAAAUACAAGGAUACUCCCAUAGUCAAAGCCAACAACCGGGAUAUCACCUACACUCUCCUCAUCUCCCUUCUCCUCUGCUUCUUCUGUUCUUUUCUAUUUAUUGGACGACCUAGGAAAGUGACUUGCUUGCUCCAACAAUCUGCUUUUGGGAUUGCCUUCUCACUGGCUGUUUCUUGUGUGUUGGCAAAAACCAUCACUGUGGUGGUAGCUUUCAUGGCCACCCAACCUGGAUCCAGGAUGAGGAAGUGGAUAGGAAAACGAGUGGCCAACGCCAUCAUCAUUUCCUGUUCUCUUAUUCAAGCAAGCAUUUGUACUGCAUGGCUAGGAACCUCUCCCCCAUUUCCAGAUUUGGACCCACGUUCAAUUACUGAAGAGAUUGUAGCAGGAUGUAAUGAAAGAUCUGUUCUCAUGUUUUACAUUGUGCUGGGCUACAUGGGACUUCUGUCCCUCAUCACUUUGACGGUGGCUUUCCUAGCCAGGAAGUUGCCAGACAGUUUUAAUGAAGCCAAGUUUAUCACCUUCAGUAUGUUGAUCUUUUGUAGUGUUUGGGUGUCUUUUAUUCCAACCUAUCUGAGCACCAAAGGGAAAUACAUGGUGGUCGUGGAGAUCUUCUCUAUCUUGGCCUCCAGUACUGGAUUACUGGUUUGUAUCUUUUUACCUAAAUGUUACAUUAUUGUCCUAAGGCCUAAACUGAAUAAUAGGGAACAAAUAAUAAAAAUAAAGAAUUACAGAAUCUAA